UUUGUCUUCGUACGAGAAAAAAAAAGAGAGAGAGAAGAAGAAGAAGAAGAAGAAAAAGAAGAGGUUCCUUUUCGUACUCGUCUCAUCAAUUUUUACGAAUAUGUCGGCUACAAAGGAUUUUUCAAAUAUCGGUGGUUUGGAUAAACAUAUUAGAAUAGUGAAAGAGAUGGUCCUUUUUCCACUUAUGUACGGUGAUGUUUAUGCCAAGUUCAAUUUGAAACCACCACGUGGUCUUUUGUUCUAUGGUCCACCAGGAACGGGCAAGACUUUGGUAGCAAGUGCAUUAGCAUCGGAAUGUAGUACCUCUGAACGCAAGGUUUCUUUCAUAUCGCGAAAGGGAUCAGAUUGUUUGAGCAAGUGGGUUGGCGAAAGUGAGAAAAAGCUUGAAAAAAUUUUCAGUAUGGCCCAGCAAACGAAACCUUGUAUCAUUUUUUUCGACGAAGUUGACGGUUUAGCACCGAUAAGAACAAGUCGUCAGGAUUUCGUACAUGCGAGCGUUGUUUCUACGCUUUUAGCUCUGAUGGAUGGCCUUGAGAACAACUCGGAAAUUAUAGUGAUUGGUGCUACUAAUAGAAUCGACGCCAUAGAUCCAGCACUAAGGAGACCAGGAAGAUUCGAUCGAGAACUUUAUUUUCCUUUACCUUCUUACUCUGCUAGGAAAGACAUACUUUCGGUUCACAUUAAAAGUUGGAAACAGAAACCUCCUCAAAAGUUUCUCGCUUAUUUGGCUUCGAAAACGGUAGGAUAUUGUGGUAGCGAUUUGCAAGCUCUCUGCGCCGAAGCCGUCAUGUGUUGCGUUCGAAGGCAUUAUCCGGAGAUUUACACGUCGAAAUCAAGACGCUACAUAAACGAGCGACACCUCAAGGUAAAUUCUUCGGGGAGGGUAAAUCUACUCGUUCGAAAAUUACGAGUGUUACGACGUUUCAAAAAAAAACAAAAACCAAAAAAAAACACAAAACAAACGAACGAACGAAGGUCGAGAAACAAGACUUUCUGAAGCCAGGAAAACAUCGUUCCGGCGUCUCACAGAGUGGUCAUAAUACCAAUGAAAUCCUUGUCGAUCAGAAUUCAACCGCUUCUACGAAACCAUCUUUUCACCAUCCAAUCUCAGUUACAAAUCCUUUGUCCAACGGGAAUGUUGACAUCGGAUGAUAUGGUCGGCAAAGCGAACUCGAGAUCGACUGCCUGUCCUAGAAUUUUAUUAUGCGGCGUGGAUGACUCGCAUACUCGCCAUUUAGGUCCAGCUUUGCUUCAUGAAUUAGAUCAUUUGCCUUGUCACGUAUUGGACGUGACAACGCUCUUCGAAGAAACUGGUAGGGCUGCCGAAGAGACGAUCAUUCAGAAAGUGAAAGCAGCACGUCGUACUUUACCAUCGUUGCUGUAUAUUCCUGACAUUUUAUCAUGGUGGAAUCUAGUGGACGAAACAGCACGUGUGGUUUUUGCUUCCUUGAUGAGGGAUCUCGAUAAUACGGUCUACAUGUUGAUCCUUGCAACUGCUAAUUCCUCUUACGAGAAUUUACCUUUAGAGGUUAAAAAUUCGUUCGAUCAAAAUCAGAAUGAAGUGUUCAAAGUAUCAUUACCCGGCUUUCAAGAACGUCAAUCCUUCUUUCUACAGCUUUUUUCAAAUUCAACAUCGGAUGCUGUUUCUAGCAGAUCAUCGCAAGAUUUUAUACAAAUUAUGGGUCCGAGGAGAGCGAGGGUCGAACAUGGGAGAAAAUUAAAAGAUUUCAAUGGACAACAUGGACGUCAACACUCAGUGGACGGAUCUACGAAAAAGAAGUCAAAACUUCGAAGCAAACUCGGUGCGGUUCGAUCUACUCAAUCGGCGACCAGAUCAAUUAAUAUUAAGAGAGAAUGUGCGUCAGAAGGGCCAGCAUCAAAACGCGUCAAAAUAUCGCGUACGUCUUCUAAUAUGUCAAGUGCUGAGGGUUUAAUGGAUCCUCAACUUCAAGGAUUACUUCAGAGAAUCAUCGAAUCAACGGAGAAUUGGACGAGUAAUCAGUUGGAGAAUUUAUAUGGCUCAUUGGAACGUAUUUUGGAAAAGAAAAAUGAAAAUGAUAAUAUGCCAAACAUUAUUCAAAAUUGUCUUCUCGUUUUAGAAGAAUCGAAGAGAAAAAAGUUAUUCUUCGAUUAUGAAGAUGACUAACGAUAAAUCAGAAAAUAACGAUUAGUCUCUUGAGAUUGUCUAAAUGUAUUUUUUUUUUUUUUUCUUUAAAUAACAAAUUUACUCAUCGUCGGUAUUUGUAAUUGCUC